AUGCCCAGCCACUUCUUCCAGGGGCUGAAAGAGCUCAUCGCCAAUAACCGCAACCAAGACGCGCAAGAAGCCAGAGCACGCGCGAGACUCACACCAAAGCCCACGCAUCCAACACAACAUCGUCGCCGCAACAACCAGAAAGAUCAGCGCCGCGACGCCGAGAUGCCUACCAAUCCUCCGCGUUACACCGUCGUCACCCAACCUCACCAGGUCUCCACCCACCGUCUCCUCUCCCAGGCCUUCCAGUGCAAAAUCUGCUUCAAACCAGCCCAAGGCACGGGUAUCCAAUGCGGCUCUCCAGAUACAAAGCUUUGCUCAAGCUGCUUCACCUUGAUUGUGGUCCGGCUCUUCGAACGCGCCCUGCACAACGACUCCAUUCGACCUGUCACCGUGGACGGCAACCCUCUCGAUAUCAACGACUUCGCCCAUACCAUCGAGAUGCCGUUUGAGCUCAUUCUUCGGUGGCGCGAGAGGGAGAAUGAGAGGAAGCAGCCGAUGAAGGCGAAGGUGUACUGCAAGAGGGAGGCGCGCGUGGAGGAGGGACCUUGUGGCAACUUCUUGGGCUUGAAGACGAAGCAGGUUCCCUUGAAGGGGUGCCAGGCUUGUAGGGUGUUGAUUUGUUCUCGGUGUGGGCAUGCUGUCGUACUCGAUGGGAAGAGUGGGCGGCAUGUCUGCGACACGGAGGAUGAUGUUGUCGAGGAGCCGAGGAUUCGGAAGCUGAAUGGAGAGAAGGUUUUUGGAACUGGGGAGCUGUUCGACAUGGGGCAGAGGGAUAUCGCGGGGGCAGGCAGGUUGACACAGGAGGAGAGGAAGGAGAUGCUUUGGGCUUGGUUGGAGGGUGUUGAGCCAUUCAAUGAUGGGAGAGAGCGAGCCGAGGACCCAGCUGUCGACGAGUACAGCCUCCAGCAGUACUACGCCGCCAACACUGGGUAUGUUGGAGCCCAGGCUUCUGCCAACGGCAACCACUUUCAGGACUCUCAGUACUAA